CAUCUGUCCUCACUUCCCUCUUCUGUGAGAGAUGAGGAGAUAACGGAGAGUAUUUAUGGCUUCCUCUCCUUCUUCACCUCAUCACAGGACGGCUGAUUGACACACGUCAGUAUCAGGUGGUCUUUAUCUCCAGCAUCUGCAUCAUCUCUUUGCCUUCACCAUGAAGACGCUGACUGUGACUGCCCUUCUGUGUGCCAUCAUGGCUCUGACUGGAGCUGCUGCUCUCCCAGAGGAAAUGUCUGGAGAAGAACCCAAUGAGCGACAUCUGGUCAAGCGGUCUUUGUGUUCCCACGGUUGGACUGGCUAUAACGGUCGCUGUUUCCUCUUCAUUCCAAGAGCGAUGACUUGGGCUAAAGCUGAGAAAAACUGUCUUUCUCUGGGUGGACACCUUGCAUCUGUUCACAGCGUCCUGGAGUACCAUGAUAUUCAGAAAGCCAUCAUAAGCUCCAGUUUCCAUCAUCCGACUACAUGGAUUGGAGGCUCUGAUGCACAAGAGGAGAAUCAAUGGUUCUGGAGUGAUGGGACAAGAUUUGACUACACGAAUUGGGCCAAUGGAGAGCCUAACAACUUGUGGGGUCAGCAGCAUUGCAUUCAAAUGAAUUUUGGAGAUGCGAAGGCCUGGGAUGACGUGCAGUGCUGGACUAAACUUCCAUCUAUUUGUGCCCAGUGAACCUGAUCCUUUCACUGGCAGUGAAGCCUCAGGUGCCCCUUGAUUAGGAAAAAGGGGGUGCAAGCUUUCAAACACAUCUGAUUGUAUUUCACAUCUAUACUUUUCUUUUCUGUCGCUGUAACGCUAUAUAAGGAACGAUACGACGACUGACACGAGCUGGACGGUGUUUGAGGCCUUGAGCCUCAGUAAGAGUGGUUGAGGGAAAAAAUGCUUCUAGCACAACCUUACAUAUAUUCUACACAUAUUCUUUCUUUCUUUAUGCAUUAAUAAAAAGCUAGAGCAUUGAAA